AUGACACCUGUUGAGGCCUCCAAGAAAAAGAAUGAGGAUGAUAUCUAUUUUAAUCUCUAUGGAGAGUUGAGAGCUUCAAAAGCGAAACCUAAGUUUGCAGUCGGCGAUCGUGUUCGCAUCUCAAAAUACAAGAGAAAAGUGUUUGAUAAGGGGUUCACACCGAAUUGGACAGAGGAAAUCUUUGUUGUGGAUAAGAUACAGUAUACCGAUCCGAUCACUUAUAAGUUGAAAGACCUGCUCGAUGAGGACAUCAAAGGCUCUUUCUAUGAAGGGGAGAUGUUGAGAGCUAAGCAAUGCCUUUCAGACCUUUUCCGCGUUGAGAAGGUCAUAAGAAGGAGUAGUGGUCCCCGGGGCCCACAGGCACUCGUGAAGUGGAGCGGUUACCCAGAAAAACUCAAUUCAUGGGUUGAUGAGAGAGAGCUUUAA